AUGGCAAAGAAAAGCACACCGUGGUCGAUUGACGAGGUUACGACGUUCCUCCAGCUGAUAGCAGAUGACAAAAUCCAGCGGGAGCUCGACGGCACAACUCGCAACCUCAACGUUUUUCAGGAGGUCUCUGCACUGUUGUCCGGACGCGGAUACGCAAGGACUUUCCAGCAGUGUAGGGACAAACUGAAAAAGCUUAAGAGUGAGUAUCGAGCCGUCAAGGACCACAACGGCCGGAGUGGUUCAGAUAGGAGAAGCUGGAAGUGGUUCGACCUGAUUGACGAUAUUUAUGGCCAUAGACCGGCCAACGUUGGGAGGGAGGGAGGCCUGGACUCUGCAACCGCGUUGCUGGAGUCUCUGCAUGAUGAUGCCAUAGAUGAGACUAGUGAGGAGGAACAGUCCCGAACAACGGGUGAUCCGUCCUCGUCAUCGAAUCCAGAAGGGACCCCAACUCGACCACAGACACCAGCCGAACAACCGACACCAACUCAACCACCAACGCCGAGUGCCAUCACGACACCGCAGCGUGUGGUUCUAGGCAAGAGGAAACGAGGAGGAGACGAGCACCUAGCACAGGAGGAACGGCACCAUGAACGGAACCUGGCCCAGGUGGAUCGGCACUGGCAGCUGACCAUGGAGGCUACUGCCCGGGCAAGGCAGGAGGAAAUGGCCUUGAGAAGGAGAACGCUCAAACUCUG